AAUAUUCUGUUUGGCUCUCAAUAUAAUGAAGAGAAAUACAAUCGAGUGGUGAAGGCGUGCGCUUUGGACACAGAUUUCAAACUCAUGCCGUUUGGGGAUAAAACACUUGUCGGUGAGAGAGGAGUAUCGUUAAGUGGGGGCCAAAAGGCCCGCAUAAGUCUGGCCCGGGCUCUGUACCACUCGGCAGACAUCUACCUCUUGGACGACCCCUUAAGUGCUGUCGACACACAUGUGGCCAAACAUAUCUUCCAGAAGUAUAAAUGUUGUAUUGAGUACUUGAAAGACAAGACAAGGGUUUUAGUGACCCAUAACAUCCAGUUUCUCAAAGACGCGCAUCAAAUACUUGUGCUCAACGACGGCGAGUGUGUGGCCAUCGGGUCCUACACUCAGCUCAAAGAGCGCGGCAUUGAUCUCAUGGCAUAUCAGAAUUCUCAAAGACGCGCAUCAAAUACUUGUGCUAACGACGGCGAGUGUGUGGCCAUCGGGUCCUACACUCAGCUCAAAGAGCGCGGCAUUGAUCUCAUGGCAUAUCAGAAACAAACCGAUGGAUCAAAUGAUAGGAGAGAUAUCAAAAGGAGAACAUCUCUCACACCAUCGAUAGACUCGUCCCUUAGUGAGGGAUCGGAAGUGACGGACGUUAGGGAACCGAUAGAAGUGGACGUACAGGAAGUGAAGGCCGAACGCAAAAUGAUUGGAUCCAUUAAGUCAUCUGUUUAUAUGGAUUACAUUAAGGCCGGCGCCGGACCUCUACUCAUAACUCUUACCAUUUUGUUUUUAAUCUCUUCGCAAGUUCUCAAUCAGGGAAGUGUUUAUUGGUUGAGUUUAUGCUCAGGCGACCGGACAAACAAAAUGAGCAAAAAUGCAGAAGAAGUGGAUCAGAGAUUUAAUAUAAUAAUCUACACGAGUCUAAUGUGUGGUCUGUUUGUGUCGGCCCUGUUGUCCACCAUUUGUUUCUACAUAAUGUGUAUGAGAUCUUCGGUUAAUCUCUAUAACCGAAUAUUCUAUGCAUUAUUGCGAUCACCGAUACAUCUGUUCGAGAGUUCGCCCAUCGGACGAAUUCUAAACAGAUUUUCAAAAGACACGGGAAUUGUCGACGAAUUGUUGCCAUCAAUUGCUUUUGAAUUUAUUAUUAAUUUCUGUUUUAUUAUCGGAAGUCUUGUAUUAAAUGCAAUUGUCAGUUGGUGUUUGAUAUUUCCGGCAAUACUUUUGUUGAUAUUAGUGUUCAUUUGUCGCUAUUUUUAUAUCAGAGCCGCGAGGGAUAUAAAACGGUUGGAGGGGUUGUCCCGGAGUCCGGUGUACUCUCACGUGAACACAACGCUGUGUGGGCUGACAUCGAUCCGUGCGUUUGGCGCACAGCAUAUGUUUGAGCGUCAGUUUGAAGUCCACCAAAACGACAACACCUCUACUUUUUUCCUAUCCAUUUGCACCGCUCGAGCACUCGGGGUCUUAAUGGACACCAUUUGUAUUGUAUAUAUGAGUGCUGUUAUUGUAUAUAUUAUGAUCAGUGGUGACGGUAUUCCCGGAGGAAGUGCUGGACUUUUGUUAACAUCGGCCCUAUCGUUGGCCAGUUUGAUUCAAUACGCUACUAAAUUAUCGGCCGAUACCGAGUCCUAUAUGACUGCUGUCGAGCGAGUGCUCGAAUACACAGCCAUUAAACCCGAGGCAGAGCUCGAGUCCACUCUCUAUAAGAGACCGGAGAAAGAUUGGCCACAAAAUGGAGAAAUAGUGUUCAAUAAUAUGAGUCUUCAAUACAACGAAUCGCCGCAUAAAGUGCUCAAAGAUAUCAAUGUUUGCCUCAAAGGGGGAGAAAAGGUGGGAGUCGUGGGCCGGACGGGCGCCGGCAAGUCAUCACUCAUUGCAGCCCUCUUUCGACUCACAGAACCUUUAGGACAGAUAUUGAUAGACGGGGUGGACAUCAAGACUAUUGGUUUGCAUGACUUAAGGAGUAAGAUAUCAAUCAUACCUCAGGAACCGGUGCUCUUCACGGGUUCUUUGCGUAAAAAUUUGGAUCCUUUUGAUGAACACCCGGACGACGAGCUCUGGUCGGCUCUGGAAGAGGUACAGCUCCGGGAUGUCGUGCAGUCAAUGCCAGGAGAGUUGGAUGGAGUGGUUCGGGAAGGGGGCAGUAAUCUGAGUGUAGGUCAGCGCCAAUUGGUAUGUCUGGCGAGAGCUAUACUACGAGACAAUCGGAUACUAGUGUUAGACGAGGCGACCGCUAAU